GCGUUUCUCUCCCUAGAUUUCUCUCUCUGCGAAACCAUGGAAGCCAUUGCUACAGCAGGCGUCGAGUUUCUUGUCCAAAAUCUGAUCAACGUUCUGAGUGAAGAGUUCGCCCUACUUCAAGGUCUCGAGGAAGAUGCCGGAAAGCUGCAGGAGACUUUGGAGAUGAUUCAAGCCUACUUGAGUGACGCUGAGACGAAAUCCACCGACAAAGCAGUCAAGAAUUGGUUGAGGAAACUUGAAGCUUUGGCUUUCGAUGCUUAUUAUGCCUUGGAUGAACUCAACUAUCAUUUUCUCUACAAAAAAGCGAGGAAAAUGGACGCACCCAAUCCCAAGCCAAAGAAUAAGGUACUAUCAUGCUUGUCAUCCUGUAGUGGUACUCGCAUUUCACGUCGCUCUAAAAUGGCUCAUACUAUCAAACAAAUUAAUGCGGAUUUUGAGUCUGUGAACAAAAUGGCAACUUAUCUUGGCCUUCAAAUCAUUCUUGCGAAUUCACUUUCUGUUGUUGUUGAUACUUCCCUUGAGACUGAUUCGUUCAGUCUUGAUCCAAUCUUUAUUGGAAGAGAUGAUGAUGUGCCUAAAGUAGUUGACUUGCUCACCCAAACCCACCAAGAGGAACGGAUGUUCUCCAUCGUUGCUAUCGUGGGAAUGGGGGGUAUGGGGAAAACUACGUUGACUAAAAAAGUCUUGAAUCAUGAAAGGGUGAAGGCUCGAUUCGGAUCACAUCUUUGGGUUCAUGUUUCUCAAACCUUUGAUCCAAUCGUUCUUUUCAAAAAAAUACAUUAUAAGUUGACUAAAAGGGCAAGUGACGGAGUUGAGAGUAGAGAUGAUAUAUUGGAAAAGCUUCUAGAAGCUCUCAAGUAUAAAACAUUUCUUCUUGUUCUUGAUGAUGUAUGGAAUGAAGAUGUUCCAAAGUGGGAUGACUUUAUGAACUCCAUGUCAGGAGUUACUUCCACAAUGGGAAAUGGCAUUAUCAUCACUACCAGAAGUCACAAGGUUGCUUCAGUUGUGAACCCACUUGAAUACACUUUGAGAGGCUUAUCAAAUGAUGAUUGCCUGUCCAUAAUUAAAGCAAAAGCUUUUGAUGGAAAUGAAGCUGUUUCACCACAGUUUGAGAUUAUUGGAAAAGAGAUUGCGGAAGCAUGUCAAGGUUUGCCCUUAGCUGCCAAUGUAGUUGGCGGUGUGCUUCGACGAUGUAAGUCCGAAGAAGAAUGGCGCUCAAUCAAUGAAAAUUGUCUUUCAGAUGCUGAAGGUGCUGAAAUAAUCCAAAAGAUACUAAAAUUGAGCUUUGAUUAUUUGCCUUCACUAUCUCUCAAGAAAUGCUUUGCUUACUGUUCAAUUUUCCCUAAAGGUCACUCGAUUGAGAAGCAACAAGUAAUUGAGCACUGGAUGGCAGAAGGUUUUCUUCAACCAGAUAAGAUGGAAGAUGUGGGAAAUAAGUUUUUCAAUGUUCUUCUACACAACUCUUUGCUUCAAGUUGCAUGGCAAGAUGAGGAUGGAAAUGUGGAAUUUUACACGAUGCACGAUCUUGUGCAUGAUCUUGCAUCUUCGGUUUUAUCUUAUAAUAAUGCAAAUUGCAGCACCCUAGUUCGAUACAAGUUUGUCGAAGAAGAAUCAAGUCCUAUUUCAAAAGAAGUGGCCAAGCAUUUACGUACAUUAAUCUUGAAAGGUGGAACUUCUGGUAUUAAUUUCUCAGGCUUCCAAUGUCUUCAUAAUCUAACUAUUGGUAAAAGUUCAGAAGAGCAUCAAUUGCCCAAUUCAGUUAGGGAGUGUAUACAUUUGAGAAAUCUUGAUCUUUCAAAUACAUGUAUUAAAGGCUUGCCGGAGUGGAUUGGUGAACUCAGUCACUUGCAAACACUAAGAGCAUCGCGUGACUGGGAACAAAACUGGAAACAAAAACUGCCAAACACGUUGAAGUACUUGGUUAACUUAAGGCAUCUUUAUAUAGGAUAUUAUAUGGAGUUGCCUGCGGAGAUUGGGAGAUUAACUAGUCUCCAAACACUACCUUACUUCAACGUGGGCGAAGAGAAGGGGUAUCAUAUUGAAGAACUCGGAAAUUUGAAAAAUCUCAAAGGAGAAUUAACUAUUGGAAAUCUUGAGAGGGUGCGUGACAAGGAAGAGGCUCUGAAAGCCAAUAUAUUGCAGAAGCAACACUUAUCUUCAUUGCAGUUUGAAUGGGGAUGGGAUUGUUCGGGUGAUAGAAAUGAUGAGGGUGUGUUAGAUGGCCUCCGACCUCAUGCAAACUUGAAGGAGUUGAAGAUUAAAGGAUACGAAGGCGAAAAAUUUCCAACAUGGUUACAGGAUGAGGAAUGUGAGGAAAUAACCUUGAACCACUUUCCAAGUUUAAGGUCGUUCUAUCUAUGGGGAUUAAGGAGAUUGGAAUGUUUGUCAACGAGGUUUUUCUAUAACCAUUGCAAUCUCUCACGCUUGGAGAUUGACAGAUGUGAUAUGUUGAGAGCAUUACCAGAUGGACUGGACACCCUCAAUUCUCUGAAGGUGUUGAGAAUAGGAUGGUGUAGAAAUCUGAAGUCGAUUGGGAAACCAAGGUGCAGAGAAGGAGAAAAUCGAGGAAUCCUCCGUCGGCUGAGCAUUACAUACUGCAAUGAACUGAUGGAAUUGCCUCGUCAAAUGCUAGAGUUGUGGGCCCCUACAAUUGAGCUUCUUGAAUUGGAGGGAUUAAGGUGCUUAGCGAAUCUACCAAUGCUAUCAUAUCCUUGUCUCAGAGGAUUGAAAAUCUCAGGCGAACCUCAUCUACCGUUGCUAAUGGACUGCCUUGCUAAAUCAUAUCCUCUUCUCACAUAUUUGAAAAUCUCAGGCGUUCCUCAUCUACUGUCUGCUGGAACUGUUGAGAGUUGGGAUUUAGGUAGAUUGAAGAAUUUAAAUAUAGAUGUGAGUGUGGAGUGGUCAGAAGAGAAAAGUGUUGCCAUUAAUGAGACUGUGAAUGGCAUAUUGGAAGGCUGUUGCAACUCACUUGAAUGGUUAACAUUAAGAGGGGUGGAAAAUUGGGAGUGGCUGCCUCAAUCAAUUCAAUGUCUCACUUCUCUUCAGGAGUUAAUGUUAGAAAAUAUAGGGAUAGAAGAAUUGCCGCAAUGGUUUGGAAAUCUCUCAGCUCUGGAGAACUUAUGUCUGUAUGACUGCACAAAGUUGAGGUGCCUGCCCUCUGUGGAUGCAUUGAAGCCCCUUACUAAAUUAAAACAGUUACAUUUUCAAAAUUGUCCGAAACUAAGUAUUGAUUCGGAACGGCGCAACCAUCCCAAUCUCCAAAUCGAAAAUUCCAACAGCUUUCGUUAUGUUUUUGAAAAUUGGUGAUAUAUAUGGUUGUCUGAAUCAGAUUGCCUUGAGAAGGGUAAAGAUGGGCAAGUUUUUGUUAAGUAGUGAUAUGGAGAAGAAGAUGGCUGCCUUGCAAAUAUGCCAUUUCUGAGGUCCCCCGAACGGGCAAGGCAGCUCUGUUAUGGGAGUCGACUCCAAGUACACGCCUCCGUGGAUUCCUCGGUUUUUUAGCAACGAAGAUUUCAUUGCAGUUUGCAGAUUCAGUCAUCGUGCAAGCUCCCUAAACAGAGAAUGCUUUCGUGAUGGAUUUAAGCUGUUUGAUGAUGGCUGCAUUGCAAAAUGACAUUUCUGAGCAUUACCAGAUGGGCUGGACACCUGGAAUUCUAUGCAAAACAUGACAAUAAAAGUGUGUGUAAAUCUGAAGUCGAUUGGGAAUCCAAGCUGCGGAGGAGAAGGAGAAAAUCAGGGAAACCUCCGUGAGCUGAUAAUUAUAGACUGUGGAGAACUGAUGGAAUUCCGUAUUUGAUGCUUGAUUCAGAAUGCUUUCAUGAUGGAUUUGAACUGUCAUGAAUCCAGGGUGAAACAUCACACAGAUUGCGUGUUUGUUGGUGAUGAAGCAGCUUCAAAUGUAGAUUGCAUUGAAAAGGAAAAAGAUGAGUAAACUUUGAGUUGAGUGGUGAUU